UAUUUCCCCCAUAAAUAACCCUAAAGAAAACGAACCUCUUGCAAUUUUGUUACUUAGUUGUUCUUGAGAAGCUCGAGAGGAGGAAAACAAUGGAUAUGCAGGCAGAUAUCGAGAGAUUGAUGUUCUUCGAACAUGCUCGGAAAGCAGCAGAAGCUACUUACAUCAAAAACCCUUUAGAUGCCGAGAACUUGACGAGAUGGGGAGGAGCUUUAUUAGAACUUUCCCAGUUUCAGAACCCCGCAGCUUCAAAGCAAAUGCUUCUUGAUGCUAUUUCGAAGCUGGAAGAGUCGUUGUCAAUAGAUCCAAAGAAUCCCGGUACGCUUUGGUUCAUUGGGAAUGCUCACACUUCAUAUGGCUUAAUGAUUCCUGAUGAAACCCUCGCUGCGAAUCACUUUCAGAAAGCUGCUCACUACUUUGAACAAGCUCUUGAAGAUGAACCCGAGAACGAACUCUACCGGAAAUCUUUGGAGCUGACUUCUAAGGCUCCAGAGCUGCAUAAAGCGGCUCAUAGCCAGGGUUUAGGCCCACAGGCGUUAGGCGGUGUCGCUGGACCAUCAUCCACUGCCUCAACUUCAAAGACUGUGAAGAAAAAGAAGAACAGUGAUUUCAAGUAUGAUGUACUGGGAUGGGUCAUCUUAGCCGCUGGAAUUGCUACAUGGAUCAGUUUUGCUAAAUCUCAGAUGCCUCCACCCAGGCAGUAACAUCCACACACAUCCAAGAGUCUAAAGAGCAGAAACCUUUUUUUCUUUCUAAAAUCAUUUGAGAGAGAGAGUUUUGCAUUGUAUAACAACUCUGAAAACAGUUUCAUGAUACGUGCACUAGAAUGAAUCAGUGAAGACCAUAGUUAAGUCACCUAACUCAGAAGAGUACUUUUCAUGAUCAUCUGAGAUUGUUUCUCCACCGUUUUGCCUGAUUUGCUUGUGGUGCGAUCAUUUGGUUAACUCCAUUUGCUUUAGGUUUUGAUUUUAAGUCGUUGCUCUUUUCUUUUAAAGCUUAUGUUCUGUUUUGCCUUAUUUCUCAUCAUCAAAAAUAGAUAGACAAAACUAUUUUCAGGGUUACUAAAACUUAAUUGAAAGAAGAAGAUCAAGACACCAUGUUUCUUUGUUUGACUUUGGUAAUGGAUUUCACUGAUAAAAAAAAAAAAAACAUUCUAAUCUUUUUUCAACUUUUUCCGUUUAAAAAAAAAUGUCUUAUUCGUGAAAAUCUUUUAAACUUAUUUGUCACAGAACUCGUGAGCAAAAC